GUCAAGUUGCGUCCGCAUCCGAUCGAAGCCGUGUUCAUCGUUUUAGUUUUCGUUUUCGUCUCGGAUUUUGGGGCUAUUUCGAUUUAUUUUGGCCGAAAGAGAAAACUUGUUUCGGUGGCGCGAAGAUGGUGAUGUUGCUGUGUGGAAUGAGGAAAAAUGUAUCGAACUCGCGUGUGGUUGAAUGUGUUAAAAUCAAUUAGCAUACCCCAUGGGUUGCUGCUGUUGCAGCUUCUGCCGUGGUGCGCGGCCUUUGUGAAUGAAUCGUCUGUUUUCGGGCCAGAGAAGCUGCAAGCCUUCAAGAUCUUCGACGAUGAGCAACCCAGCCAGAUAUCGGGCCGCAGCUUCAUCUGUGUUCCGCUAUUUCGGGUCUUCACUCUGGAGCUGGGGCAUAAUAUUCGAUUGGCUCCCGAUGAAUAUGUGGCUGUUAGUGGGGAUCACCCGGCUCUGGGUUUAUGGCAACUCGAGAAGGCUCUGCCCCUCAAGGUGCAGGAUAAAGCGCGUUCUAAGUGGUAUUUGAGGGUGUGGAUAUGCGCCAGUCAGAGAUUCUACUACCGAUACUUGAUUUACUCGAAGAAUGGCCAAGGAAAGCGAAUUCUGAGGAGCUGGGAGGGUCAGAGAGUGGCCAGAAUGCUGCAGACCUAUGAGAUCUACCGUUCCCCAGGCGUGGACAUUUUCGGAGAGGCCUAUCCCAUUUCAGUGGGCGGGGGCUUCUACCUGGAACGUGGUUGGUUGCAGUAUGAGUACGUCAUAGAACUCAAGUUCGUCUGGCAGGAUCACCUUGUUAUGUCUGGGAUGUCCAAAAAUGCCAAGUACCGCUUGAUCUUGACUCCGCUGAAUGUGAUAGAUGACACACGCAUUGAAGUGUCCAGAUAUGCCUACAAUCAGUCAUCUUUCAGACCUCAAAACCAACGCGGAGUGCGGUACAGUCAAGGCACCAUUGUUGUCUUCCGCAUCUAUCAACCCUUGGACACCUACAAUGCCCUCCGUUUGUCUAUAUAUCAGGGAUUGAGAGAUGUCCAGUUAUCUGUGGGAGAGGCUUACAUAUUUCCAGAUCAGAUCAAGGGAAGUCGUGGCAUCUUACAAGUCCCCGUCUUUGCCAGUUUACGGAAUGUAGCAGUUGGAGAGCUAACACUGCCCUACUUGGUGGUUCAACCCAUGCCAAAAGUGGAGGCGGGAAACCUGAGAGCAAGUUUCCAUCACUACUGGCCGGAUAAUUGGCCCACUUUGGAUGUCGGAUAUCGUGGCUUGGGAGCGAGUUAUUUUCAAUCCUCAACUAGUUUUACGGAAAACACGAUUGAAAGUUUUCUGGAAGUGCAGAAGGCCAAAGGAGAUAUGGUCCAACUGGAUGUACAGCUGACCAAGGAUUAUGUUCCCAUUGUCUGGCACGGUUUCGGAUUUUAUACCUCUGACGGAGAUCGAUCUAUAAGGGAUCGUUUUGAUUUACGAUAUGUACUGAUCAGAGAACUGACCUACUCCGAACUCAAAGCCAGUCGUGUGUUUAUCCUUAAACGAUGGACUCUCCAGGAAUACACCCAUCUUAACGUUAAGGAUGUGAAUCAGCAUCAACGAAUUUUCCCCAAGCUCUCAGAGGUUUACGAAGCGCUACCCAAGACAUUGGGACUUCUGGUGGAGAUCAAGUGGCCACAGAUAAUGGCUUCUGGAGUGACGGAAUCCACACAGAGUCUGAAUAAAAACAACUAUGUGGAUACAAUUUUACAGACCACAAUUCAUUAUGGGUGUGGGCGUCCCUUAAUCUUUGCAAGCUUCGAUGCCGACAUAUGCACCAUGAUCAGACUUAAGCAGCAUGUCUUUCCCGUGAUCUUAAUGAGUAUUGGGAGGUCUCACAUCUGGGAUCCUUAUAUGGAUCUGAGGGCCCAGAGUUUCCAGCAGGCCAUUAACUUUGCUCAGUCUGCUGAGAUUUUGGGAACAGCUCUGCAUGUAGAGAACUUUCAGAACAAGCAUCACUUAGUCAAAUCUUCCCUGGAUCUGGAUCAAGUUCUGUUUCUGUGGGGUAACGAUCUGCAGGAUGAACAUCUUCUAGAGCAAUUUCGAGCUUUGGAUGUAACUGGUCUUAUUUACGACCAGAUGGACCGAGUGGGUCCCUCCAGCUGGAAGCGGUCCGAGUUUUUCCGGGCCCCACAACUUAUGGAAGUAUUUGGCGCUCAGUGCGUGAUCAGUGGAAAUUCAACGAGUAUUCCGGGAAUAAAGCCAGCUAAGCCGACUAUAUGGCCAAAGUUGAGAUAGUUGAUGGGUAAGAAUAGGAAAUAUUGUUAAUACUUUUAGCAAAAUAUCACACAACAAAUUUGUAGAAGGAAACAUUGGAAAAUGUAGUAAAUUUAUAGGAAAAUAUUUUAGUUCCAGGUUGUUACUUUGGAGAUAUCCAAAGCUUUAAAUUAAGAGCGGAUUAUAGAAACAAGAUGGCUAAUAAUAUUAAAAGCCUAAAGAGUAAAAAAAACAGUCAAAAAAACCAAAUUUAGUUUCAUAAAAAUUACAAAUUAACAUAUUUCAGAAUUUUUUAUAAUAUUUUAUCAAGUUGUAAGUUAUUUAUUCCA